AUGGCUGCCGAGAUCCAGCAUGCUCCACCCGACGACUCGAGCAUUGAGCAGUCCACGCCUUCUCGUGAUGAGAAGAAGGCGGACGCUGACGACACAAUCGAGCCCUAUGCUGUCGACCUAGAAGGCGAAGGGUCCGACGCGGAGAAGCAGAGACUGGUCGAAAAGGCCGAGGCUGUAGAACUGACACCUGUCGAAGCGUUCAAGUGGAACGUUGAGGGCGAUCAGUCGCCUUUUCCCGAGGUUGCUGCUUGUGUACCCAACACCGACGACCCAAGUAUACCCUGCAACACAUUCCGAGCCUGGUUUCUUACCACCGUCUUCGUUAUUGUGUUCUCCGGCGCGAACCAGUUCUUUGGCUUGCGAUAUCCAUCGCUAUCCAUCGGCUAUGUCGUCGCUCAGUUGCUUGUGUUUCCCAUCGGCAGGGCGUGGGAAAGACUGCCGCGUUGGCGCCUUCCCUUGGGCAAGCUCUCCUUCGACAUCAACCCUGGUCCCUUUAACAUGAAGGAGCAUGCACUUAUUGUCAUUUGCGUCAACAUCAGUUCCAGCAUUGCCUACGCUUCUGGAGCUCUGGUGGCCAUCGUCAGCCCGGUCUACUGGGACCAUGACAACGGCGCAGGCUUCUCAUUCUUGUUCUUGUUGACAACACAGAUGCUCGGGUUUGGAUUGGCCGGCAUGUCUCGUAGAUGGCUCGUCUACCCGGCGGCGCUCAUAUGGCCAGACUCCCUCGCCUCCACUGUCCUCUUCCGGGCUCUGCACGAGCCUCAGGAGCACUUCUCCGCCAAUGGUUGGACGCUGUCCCGGUACCGGUUCUUCUCGUACUUUACCAUCUUUGCGUUCGUCAUCUUCUGGUUUCCGGAUUACAUUUGGACCAGUCUGAGUACGUUCGCAUUCAUCACUUGGAUCGUGCCGCACAACCAAAAGGUCAACACCAUCUUCGGCAUGAACUCGGGUCUCGGACUACUGCCUAUCAGCUUCGAUUGGACACAGAUCACCUACGCCGGAACUCCUCUGACGACUCCUUUUUACAUCACUUGUAAUGCCUUCGCUGUGGUAGUCCUGUUUUACCUGUUUCUCUCGCCGAUCUUGUACUAUAACAACGUAUGGUACAGUGCUUACUUGCCACUUCUCUCAUCGAGCACUUUCGAUAACACAGGGUCUUCUUACAACAUCUCUCGCGUGGUCGAUGGGAAUCUCAACUUUGUACUCAGCAAGUAUGAAGAGUACUCGCCUAUGUACAUUUCAAUGUCGUACUCCAUCUCCUACGCCCUCUCAUUCGCUGCCGUCACCGCCAUCGUGUUUCACACCUACCUGUACAAUGGCAAGGAGAUCUGGGCAAAGUUUAAAAACUCCCGUGCUGGUGGCGAGGAUAUCCACAAGCGUCUCAUGAAUGUCUAUGAGGAAGUUCCUGAUUGGUGGUAUGGUGUUCUCACCCUCAUAGUCCUUGGAUUGGGUAUCCUGACCGUUCGCUACUGGGAGUCGGGCCUGCCGGUGUGGGGUUUCAUUGUCGUAUGCUUCGGCAUGGGUGUGGUAUUGAUUGUACCUGAGGGUAUCCUGGAAGGAACGACGAAUCAGAGAAUAUUCCUUAACAUAAUCACAGAGCUGAUCGCCGGCUACGCCUGGCCAGGGAAGCCUAUUGCUAACAUGAUGGUCAAGUGCUAUGGCUACAAUUCUGUAAAGCAUGGGAUGGACUUUGCCAAGGACCUCAAGCUGGGACAGUACAUGCUUCAGAAAAUCCCACCGCGGGUUCUCUUCGUGGGGCAGAUUUAUUCGUCUAUCCUUGCUACAGCAACUCAGACUGGCGUCCUCCGAUGGAUGAUUGGUAACAUCCCCAACCUGUGCAGCUCUAAGAACACCCAACGCUUCACAUGCAAUGGUGCCAAGGUCGUUUACAAUGCUUCCCUAAUCUGGGGAACCAUUGGUCCUCAAAGGAUGUUCCAAGCUGGACAGGUGUACAAUGGUAUUAUGUACUUCUUUCUGAUAGGACCCGUCGUUACCGUCAUUGUUUACUACCUCUAUCGACGAUACCCGAACACCUGGGUAAGAUAUAUCAACGUACCGAUAUUCUUCAACGCAGCUGGAAAUAUCCCCCCAGCGAAUACGACCCAAUACUCGUUGUGGUUCAUUUUUGGAUUUCUCUUCAAUUACCUGAUCCGCCAGCGAGCCUUCGCAUGGUGGAAGCGCUACAACUACCUGCUUCAGGCUGCCAUGGACACUGGUACCGCAAUUGCCACAGUCGUUAUCUUUUUUGCCUUGAGCUAUCACAAUGUCACACUCAAGUGGUGGGGUAAUACCGUUGGGUCCAACACAGAUGAUGCGAACUCAGUCCCAUAUUUGACUGUUGCCAAAGGCGGAUAUUUUGGCAAAGGCCCAGGUCAGUUCUAG